AUGAAACACCACCACAAACUCACGGUGGGUCUAUGUCUCAUUUGGGCUUCCACCAUCCUUUACGGCGAAAUGUUCGCUUUCUGGGUUCCUUCUCUCUUCACUUGUUCUUGGCCUCACCAUAAUCUUCUAAAGAGUGAUGAGAAGUUUACUAAAGUAGCCAUUGUGACUGAUCCACAGCUUAUGGAUAAGACAUCGUUUCGAUUGUCAUCAAAGACGCUUGCUUUGGAGGUUGCUCAGUUUUAUACUGAUAUAAACAUGAGAAGAUCAUUUGUUCAGUCUAUCUUGCCUUUCAAACCCGACGUUGUUUUGUUCUUAGGUGAUUAUUUCGAUGGCGGGCCGUUUCUCCCCGAGGACGAAUGGCAGGAAUCUUUUAGCCGGUUUAAACAUGUGUUUGGUUUGAAUUCACAAGGAAAAGUUGGGGACAUUCCUACGUUCUACAUCCCCGGGAACCAUGAUGUUGGCUAUUCUCGGGUGGCGUCCCAUAAGCUAGAUGUGAUUGAUCGAUACGAAAAAGAAUUUGGGAUCAGAAACCGCAGAUUUAUGAUUGGAAAUAUUGAGUUCAUCAGCAUUGAUGCACAAGCUAUUGAUGGGAAUCCUCAAAAGAAUUUGGCAUCAGAAGUUUGGAAGUUUGUACAAAAUGUCUCUACCGAUGCAACAUCACAUCCUAGAGUUUUAUUGACCCACAUACCAUUAUAUCGGCCUGAUCAAACCUCAUGCGGUCCUCACCGCCGUGCUUCUGUCAUUGAUCAGCGGUUUUGGCGUCAUUUUCAAGAUCAAGAAGUAAUAUACCAGAAUUAUAUCACUCCAGAAUCAUCAAAGAAGUUACUGGAUAUGAUUAAACCCAUACUUGUUCUGUCUGGCCAUGAUCAUGACCAGUGUACUGUAACGCACAAGUCGGAAAUAGGAUCUGUAACCGAGCAUACUUUAGGUACUAUAAGCUGGCAACAAGGAAAUAUAUAUCCGUCAUUCAUGCUAUUAUCCGUUCCCAAUGCCAUCAGCCAAAACUCAUCGGAUCUUGAAAAAAUAGUACACACUCAAUUAUGCUUCCUUCCAUGCCAAUUAUACAUCUAUAUGUGGUAUCUCUCUCUAUUCGUCGUUACCCUUCUUGCUCUCCUUCUUUGGCCAAAUCACGGAAUAAGCUUCGUAAACAAUGCUGCAGACUGUAUCUCAAAUGUAAUGAAGUUAACGUUUUCAAGCGGUGUAAGGAAGGAGAAGAACGAAGAUGAGAACUGUGAGUACGAAAUGGUGUGGGAUGCAGAAGGAUCUAUGCAUCUCGUUAAGAAAGUUGUUCAAAAUCCUGUGAAACGUCAAAGCGAUAAACCUCUAAUAGAAAGAGGCAACGCAGUGAUGAGAUCAGCGGCUAGAAAGAAUGAGAGCGAACAAAUCCAGCUUGUGAUGGACUCGAAUGCGAAUAAUGCAGGUGGUGGGUCUGAUUCUCUGAUGAGACCAACAUCAAAAUCAAGAACAAAACUUGUGAUCCAGAGAGUGAUACGUACAAUCAUGAUGAUCAUCGUCAUUGCAGCGUUAAACGUUCCAAUUUACAUGAUGUUGUUGUUCAAGGAUUGGAUCGAGCAAUAG